UUGUCAUUUGCUGCUUUUACUUCAUUAUCAGUUGGAAUUUGCUGUUACAGUGGUACUUGAGUAAAAAACACUAUGGAUCAUUGUGAGUGUACCUCGUGUGGCGAAAAAUAUCCUAGUAUUCAAUUUUUCCAUUGUACACAUUUUGCGGAAAAACAAGAGGUUGAUGGAGCUGUUGACAAGUUGUGCGAGUCCUGCAUUGUUCCUCACAUUAGAAAACAUGCUCAAGACGUAACUGAUGCCAAAGGCAACAAACCUUUAAUUUGCACAGAGCAUAAGAUACUGAGACUCCAGUACUGCAGGACCUGCGAUCUUGCUUUCUGCUCGCAGUGUGUUAGUUAUCAUAGUAAGCAUGAAUUUCAAACUCUUGCCGAAAAAGACAAAGAGUUGAAAAAAGUGAUUCACGAAAUUUUGACGGAUUUAGAAACUGUGAAAGAAAAACCGUUGAGGUUGAAGAAAGAAGAAUUAUCUAAAAUAGUGGAAGAAAAACGCCAAGAGAUAGAAAACCUAAAGCAAUUCGUUGAUGCGAAAUUGAACCAAAUUAAGUUAAAAACCGAUGAAAUACUUGACAGAAAACUCGAGGGAAUCAUAGCAGAAGAAAAUGAGUUGAAUAAUGAUGUGGUUGAUUUGGGAAAUAUGCAGGCAAAGUGUAGAACAUUGUUGGGUAUGUCUACUGCUUCACUUAUAGAAACACUGCCCAAAAUACGACUCGAGAUUGAGACGUUGAACAAAGCCUAUCAGCGCUCGAUGACAAAAGAAGUUAAAUUAACUAUUGUCGAUGUGAACUCAUUGGAUUACUUAAUCAAGGAUUCCGAGAUCAAUAUUUUGAAAGCUGUCGAAGAACAAAGAAUAACAGAAGAAACUACAGUUUUCUUAGCUCCGUCUCUGAGUGCUGAUGAGGCUCUAGCUCAUGAAUUCCAUAAAGAUCCUCACGGAGGUCUCAAAAUAUCAAAACUAGAUGUAGAUUGUUAUGGAACAAAGCGCCAAAUCAGUUCUUCGUACACUCUUCCUGUCUCUUCAAAUCUAAAAGUAAAGAGAGUGUUUCCUAUGGGGUAUCAAGUACUGAUCAAGUUUGACACUGGUAUAUUGAUUUUGUUUGAUAUCAGCCAGAAAACUUUCAGGGUUUUUGAACAGCCUGCCAUUAUUUCUCUGUUAUGGCCGUAUUGUAACUAUAGUAAUACUAUUGCAUGGUCAUAUUGGGACGAAGAAAGAAAGAAGAUUAAAUUUACUCAUGACGAUAUGUGUGAAAUUGAGUGUGAGCAGAAGCCAUUUAUUCGAAUGAGCUGUUCUAAUUCAAAUCUAAUGUGUUUUGUAGAUGCAAACCAAAAAAUCAUAAGUGUUGAUACCUGCAUGAAAAAGGUUCAGCAAAAACCAGAAAUCCAAGCCCAGCAGCACCAAGUCCAAUCUAUUGACUGUAUAUCUACUUAUCAUAACUAUCUGUUUGUCUGGUCCGCUUCAGUCAAAGCAGUGAGUUACAUUCUAAAGGACAGCGCAGGGAAUUUCCGCACAAUGCAAAAGAUAUCUUGGCUCGACAAGCCUGAAAUUUUCGAAGUGAAUCUAAAAGAAAUACUUGGGGAGAAAUCAUUCGUACUAGUGCCUUCAGUGAAGCCUGAAGACUCACAGGAGGACAAAUAUGACUUGUUUGGUGUUUGUAAGUUCCAAGGAUCAUUCUACACAGUCAAAGUAAUCAUCACUAAAGCGUACCAACACUGCAUGCAACACUACAGCGACAUCGUUUGGGAGAGAUGCCUCUGGAUGGAAGGAAUAAUGGUAGCACCCAAGGUGUUAUCACAGACAAUGAUGAACUGGCUGCAAUGCCACCACAAGCGGAAGAACAAAACUUACUCGACCUUGAAGUACAUGGAUGCUAAAGAUGCGAUGGUGAUGAUUCUGGUGAGUACAAACCUGCCGGCGGAGAAGUUCUCGGAGGGGUCUGGGAAGGCCAAGGAGAUAGUAGCCUCCGUCUCCAAACACUUUGACAUCAAACCAGAGCACAUAGUGCUGGGGUUCCACCCAGACGGAAAGUACUGGUUCCGAGACAGUGAUGCCCCCAUCUUCAAUGUCCAAGUGGUGGCCCCCGCGGCCAUGAUGGAGGCGGACAAGAUGGAGAAGGCCAUACAGCUCAUGACCAAGGCCGUCCAAGAGAACUUCCCCGAUGUCAGCGAGGACAGAGUUCUCAUCUUCUUCCGUGCCCACGAUCCUUCUCAAGCUGGAAUCAGUGGCCAGACGAUGCUCAAGUACUACCAAGGCCUCUAAGGAACAGACACAACAUGGAUCCCAUUGAAAAUCAAACAAACGAUGCAAGUGAAAUCAAAUAAAGUGAAUA